UCCUGCGGCCGACAGCAGAUCUCGCGCCGCGAGCCCAGCCCCGCCAUGGCCACCACGGUCACCUGCACCCGCUUCACCGACGAGUACCAGCUCUACGAGGACAUUGGCAAGGGCGCAUUCUCCGUGGUGCGCCGUUGCGUGAAGCUCUGCACCGGCCAUGAGUACGCGGCUAAGAUCAUCAACACGAAGAAGCUGUCAGCCAGAGACCACCAGAAGCUGGAAAGAGAAGCCCGGAUCUGCCGCCUCCUGAAGCAUUCCAAUAUCGUCCGCCUCCAUGACAGCAUCUCUGAGGAAGGCUUCCACUACCUGGUCUUCGAUCUGGUGACCGGAGGGGAGCUCUUUGAGGACAUUGUGGCCAGAGAGUACUACAGCGAGGCUGAUGCCAGCCACUGCAUCCAGCAGAUCCUGGAGGCUGUGCUGCACUGCCACCAGAUGGGGGUCGUCCACAGAGACCUCAAGCCCGAGAACCUGCUCCUGGCCAGCAAGUGCAAAGGGGCUGCCGUGAAACUGGCGGAUUUCGGGCUGGCCAUCGAGGUGCAGGGCGACCAGCAGGCAUGGUUCGGCUUCGCAGGCACGCCGGGCUACCUGUCCCCAGAGGUCCUGCGCAAGGAGGCCUAUGGCAAGCCAGUGGACAUCUGGGCCUGCGGGGUGAUCCUGUACAUCUUGCUGGUGGGCUACCCGCCCUUCUGGGACGAGGACCAGCAUAAGCUGUACCAGCAGAUCAAGGCUGGCGCCUAUGACUUCCCGUCCCCCGAGUGGGACACGGUGACCCCCGAAGCCAAGAACCUCAUCAACCAGAUGCUGACCAUCAACCCGGCCAAGCGCAUCACUGCGCACGAGGCCCUCAAGCACCCGUGGGUCUGCCAACGCUCCACAGUGGCCUCGAUGAUGCACAGGCAGGAGACCGUGGAGUGCCUCAAGAAGUUCAACGCUCGGAGGAAGCUCAAGGGUGCUAUCCUCACCACCAUGCUGGCCACGAGGAACUUCUCAGUGGGCAGACAGACCACCGCUCCGGCCACAAUGUCCACCGCGGCCUCCGGCACCACCAUGGGGCUGGUGGAACAAGCCAAGAGUCUACUCAACAAGAAGGCAGAUGGAGUCAAGCCCCAGAGCAACAGCACCAAAAACAGCGGAGUGGCCACCAGCCCCAAGGGGACGCUUCCUCCUGCUGCUCUGGAGCCUCAAACCACCGUCAUUCAUAACCCCGCCGACGGGAUCAAGGAGUCUUCUGACAGCACCCACACCACCAUCGAGGACGAAGACACAAAAGCCCCCAGGAUCUCUGACCUCCUGAGCUCCGUGAGAAGGGGCUCGGGGACCCCAGAAGCUGAGGGCCCCCUGCCCAGCCCGUCCCCCAGGAUCUCUGACCUCCUGAGCUCCGUGAGAAGGGGCUCAGGGACCCCAGAAGCAGAGGCCCCCCUGGCCUGCCCGUCUCCAGCUCUCCCUGGCCCCCCACCCACCCCGACAAGGAAGCAGGAGAUCAUCAAGAUCACGGAGCAGCUCAUCGAGGCUGUCAACAACGGGGACUUCGAGGCCUACGCGAAAAUCUGCGACCCAGGCCUGACCUCAUUUGAACCCGAAGCUCUGGGCAACCUGGUGGAAGGAAUGGACUUCCACAGAUUCUACUUCGAGAACCUGCUCGCCAAGAACAGCAAGCCCAUCCACACGACCAUCCUGAACCCGCACGUGCACGUGAUCGGCGAGGACGCCGCGUGCAUCGCCUACAUCCGCCUCACGCAGUACAUCGACGGCCAGGGCCGGCCCCGCACCAGCCAGUCCGAGGAGACCCGCGUGUGGCACCGCCGCGAGGGCAAGUGGCAGAACGUGCACUUCCACUGCUCGGGCGCGCCCGUGGCGCCGCUGCAGUGAAGGUGAGCACCGCGGCCGCGCGGGGCGGGGAAGGCCCGGCCGCCGCUGACCCUGUCCCCUUUGCAGAGUGCGCCGCUGCCGCGGGACAGAUGGAUGUUUGGAGCCAGCCGCCCUCGGGCGCAGGCCUGCCUGUCGCAUGUUUGUGUCUGCCUCGUUUCUCCCCUGGUGCCCGUGUCUGCAGAAAACCAAGACCAGAUGUGUGAUUUCUUUUUAAAAACAAGAUGACAGCGACGACCACAAAAAAAAAUUUCAUGCUGGAUGAAAUGGGGAAAGGAAAAAAAAAACAAAAAACACUUCACAAAGGAAAAGCUGUAAAAGUCACUGGCAUUUGUGGGACUUGCAACCGACUGGCUGCUCCCUGCCCGAGCUCCGCGUGUGUCCGUCUGCUCCUGGCCGCUGGGGACAGCCGGCCAUGAACUCGUCCAGGGCCUGUGGCGUGGAGUGGUGCCCAUCCCCGCACCCGCAGCACCCCCCUUCCCCGCCUGCAUGGCUGCCAUCAGAAGUCAGCUGUUGUCUGGGCAGGGGCUAUGGGGUCCCUCCAGCUUCCCUUCCUUCCUCCCCCGUGCCCUGUGUGGCCAGGUCCUUCUGGGGGCGGGAGGUGCAGAGAGGACUCACCUUAGUGCCACCGUUGGCCUGCAGUCCUGCGGGCAGGGCCCGUGUACCAGCCU